CCAGUUGAAGUGAGAAGCACUGAGGCCCGAGGAGGCUCCACGCACGCGUAAGGGGCCGUUUGUUAUUAUCAAGGGUGUUGUGAUGUUGCCACUGCCCCGCCUGCCCCGGAUCCUGCCAGUGCGGAAAGGGAUACUCCAGGGGAGGCGGAGGCCAGCGAAGAUUCCUCAAGCCAACUGGUCCCCUCCCUCCGCGGCGGGCAGAAAGAGCGACUCUGCGCAGCCACUUCCGGGUCCUGCGACUUUGGGCGGCAUUAUCACGGAGACGCCCCUCCUGAGGCCCGGCCAGUCGAAAGUUUUUGUCCAGAGGCUCCCACCGAGGGGCGCACCAAUGGGACAGGGUCUAGUCUGCGGCAGACACGCCCCACUCUGGGCAUCGCGACGUCGGAGCACACAGAGCGUCAUUUCCGCCCUCAUCCUCGGCUCCACUGGAGGGGCGGAGCCAAGCGGAAGGCGCGCUGCUUGUGCGUCACUUCCGGUGAGUCUAGCGGCGACAACGGCAACAUGGCCCUGAACGGCUCUGAAGUCGACGACUUUUCCUGGGAGCCCCCGACCGAAGCGGAGACGAAGGUGCUGCAAGCGCGGCGGGAGCGGCAGGAUCGCAUCUCCCGGCUCAUGGGCGACUACCUGCUGCGUGGUUACCGCAUGCUGGGCGAGACGUGCGCGGACUGCGGGACGAUCCUCCUCCAAGACAAACAGCGUAAAAUCUACUGCGUGGCUUGCCAGGAGCUCGACUCAGACGUGGAUAAAGAUAAUCCGGCUCUGAAUGCCCAGGCUGCCCUCUCCCAAGCUCGGGAGCACCAGCUCGCCUCUGCUUCGGAGCCCACCUUGGGCUCUCGGCCUGCCCCUCAGCCCCCAGUACCCCGUCCAGAGCACUGUGAGGGAGCUGCAGCAGGGCUCAGGGCAGUCCAGGGGCCGCCCCCUCCUGCUGUGCCUCCAAAUGCAGAUGUCGUGGCCUGCACACAAGAGGCUCUCCUGCAGAAACUGACCUGGGCCUCAGCUGAGCUGGGCUCUAGCACCUCCCUGGAGACUAGCAUCCAGCUGUGUAGCCUUAUCCGGGCUUGUGCUGAAGCUCUGCGCAGCCUGCAGCAGCUGCAACACUAAA